AUGAUUAGUCAUCGAUUACAAUCAGCACCUAUUACAGGCUAUUAUCAAUAUUUGUCGCAAAGUCGUCACAGAGUUAAUGUCGCACCUUAUACAGGAGCUGACAGCAAAGAAGCAACGACGAAAAGCACAACCACCAUCACCACUACCACUGCUUCUCCUGUCGCUGAGGUAAUGAACGAUCAUAGUAGAAUAUCUGCAAUAGAUUCGUCGUCUAUCGACAACAUACAACAAUCAUUGUCGAAUCUCAGAGAUAAAGAUGUAACAAAAUGGUCAUCCAUUGAUGUACAACAAUGGAUUGAGGAACAAUGUCAACAGUUCGAAUUAAAGAAAGCGACAAAAGAAAAAUUUCAAAUGAAUGGUCAAGCAUUAGUAUUGUUAACUAAACAUGAUUUUCUUCGGCGUUCACCAGAUGAAGGAGAAAUACUUUAUUAUGCUCUACAACGAUUAAUUAAUCCAAAUAAAUUCAAUGCUAUUCGCACGAAUCAGAAUUUGAUGAGAAAUGGAUCAUCUCGUCAGAAUCCUCGCAUCAUUGAAGUCGGCUCAGACACAGAUGAUCAAAACAGCUACACAAGUUCUUCAACACCAACAAAGCCAAUUGUUGAAGAACCUGAUGACUCACCACUACUUCGUAAUCAGGACUCAGACGGAAUGCAUAAAGAUCAUCUCCAUCAACACUAUCAACACUAUCCUCAUGGAUUCGCCUAUAACAAUUCUCACAUUAGACAAUCCAUGUUCACAAUGCCUCCUGCUGCUGCCGCAGCUUAUUUUCAUCAACAACAAGUAUUUCCUAAUGGUUAUACGUAUGCGCAUCAUCAUCAUCAUAAUCAUCAUCAUCAUAUAAACCAAAAUAUGCCUUAUCAACAAUUCUUCCAUCCGCAUCCGCAUCCCCAUCCUCAGUUUAUUCAUCAAUACUAUCCAAUGAUGUCUGCUCAAGGAAUUUUAAUCGAGUUGAUUGAUAAUGAAGACGCUAAAACUCUUGCUGCCAAUGGAGUUAAAUUAUCUACGAAUGAAACUUCAAACAAUGAUUUAAAUACUGAGGAUCAAAUACAACUCUUUCUUAUCACAAUGAAUGGACAAAAAUAUGUUAUGACCGAAGAACAAAUAAAACAAUUUGUAGUUGAAGUUCAUCAACAACAGCAACAACAUUUGCAACAACAGCAACAACAUUUUCAGCAGCAACAAUUUCAUCAGCAAUACGCAUAUCCACCACAGCAACAAACAUCUCAAGAUAAUGCCUAUUAUAAGCCAUAA